GCAGAGGGCGCGCCCUGGGAGCGGCGGGGGACGCGGCUGGCUUCCCGGCUUGCCGGGGUGGCGGCGUCGGGGCUGCGGGCGCCUCGGCUGGACCCGCAUUGCCCCCUAGUGCCGCGCGGAGUCAGGGCGCCGGGCUCCCCCGCCUGAUGUCACCGCCGUGCAGUCAGCCCAGAGGCGGCUCAUUGAAAGCAGACCCUCCUCGGCGCUCGCUGGGCGGAGGACGCGCCGCGGUCCGCAGACCCGAGCGAGCUGGGCACCGCCGGGCGCCCCCGGCCCUGCCGCCCCCUCCUCCCCGCCGCUCCCCCGCGAGCCCGGCCAGGCGCGCCUGACGUGGACCAUUAAACUUGGAGCUGCCGCCUCGUCCCCUCUCCUCCUCCUCCUCCCUCUGACAGGCGAGCGAGCGGCUCGGUGCAGGCAGGAGACGUGCUGCCGGGCUGGACUGCCCGGGGGAGAUGACUCCUCGCCAGGAGGGCGCCUCUGGGAAGAAGACCACGGGGGAAGCAAAGUUUCAGGGCAGCUGAGGAGCCUUCGCCGCAGCCCUUCCGAGCCCAAUCAUCCCCCUGGCUAUGGAGGGCGGACUCUAAGAUGAAUCCCGACCUGGACACCGGCCACAACACAUCAGCACCUGCCCACUGGGGAGAGUUGAAAAAUGCCAACUUCACUGGCCCCAACCAGACCUCGAGCAACUCCACACUGCCCCAGCUGGACAUCACCAGGGCCAUCUCUGUGGGCCUGGUGCUGGGCGCCUUCAUCCUCUUUGCCAUCGUGGGCAACAUCCUAGUCAUCUUGUCUGUGGCCUGCAACCGGCACCUGCGGACGCCCACCAACUACUUCAUUGUCAACCUGGCCAUGGCCGACCUGCUGUUGAGCUUCACCGUCCUGCCCUUCUCAGCGGCCCUAGAGGUGCUCGGCUACUGGGUGCUGGGGCGGAUCUUCUGUGACAUCUGGGCAGCCGUGGAUGUCCUGUGCUGCACAGCGUCCAUUCUGAGCCUGUGCGCCAUCUCCAUCGAUCGCUACAUCGGGGUGCGCUACUCUCUGCAGUAUCCCACGCUGGUCACCCGGAGGAAGGCCAUCUUGGCGCUGCUCAGUGUCUGGGUCUUGUCCACCGUCAUCUCCAUCGGGCCUCUCCUAGGAUGGAAGGAGCCGGCACCUAACGAUGACAAGGAGUGCGGGGUCACCGAAGAACCCUUCUAUGCCCUCUUCUCCUCUCUGGGCUCCUUCUACAUCCCUCUGGCGGUCAUUCUAGUCAUGUACUGCCGUGUCUAUAUAGUGGCCAAGAGAACCACCAAGAACCUAGAGGCAGGAGUCAUGAAGGAGAUGUCCAACUCCAAGGAGCUGACCCUGAGGAUCCAUUCCAAGAACUUUCACGAGGACACCCUUAGCAGUACCAAGGCCAAGGGCCACAACCCCAGGAGUUCCAUAGCUGUCAAACUUUUUAAGUUCUCCAGGGAAAAGAAAGCAGCUAAGACGUUGGGCAUUGUGGUCGGUAUGUUCAUCUUGUGCUGGCUACCCUUCUUCAUCGCUCUACCGCUUGGCUCCUUGUUCUCCACCCUGAAGCCCCCCGACGCCGUGUUCAAGGUGGUGUUCUGGCUGGGCUACUUCAACAGCUGCCUCAAUCCCAUCAUCUACCCAUGCUCCAGCAAGGAGUUCAAGCGCGCUUUCGUGCGCAUCCUCGGGUGCCAGUGCCGCGGCCGCCGCCGACGCCGCCGCCGCCGUCGCCUGGGCGGCUGCGCCUACACCUACCGGCCGUGGACGCGCGGCGGCUCGCUGGAGCGCUCGCAGUCGCGCAAGGACUCGCUGGACGACAGCGGCAGCUGCCUGAGCAGCAGCCAGCGGACCCUGCCCUCGGCCUCGCCGAGCCCGGGCUACCUGGGCCGCGGCGCGCCGCCGCCAGUCGAGCUGUGCGCCUUCCCCGAGUGGAAGGCGCCCGGCGCCCUCCUGAGCCUGCCCGCGCCUGAGCCCCCCGGCCGCCGCGGCCGCCACGACUCGGGCCCGCUCUUCACCUUCAAGCUCCUGACCGAGCCCGAGAGCCCCGGGACCGACGGCGGCGCCACUAACGGAGGCUGCGAGGCCGCGGCCGACGUGGCCAACGGGCAGCCGGGCUUCAAAAGCAACAUGCCCCUGGCGCCCGGGCAGUUUUAGGGCCCCCGUGCGCAGCUUUCUUUCCCUGGGGAGGAAAACAUCGUGGGGGGGAGGGGAGGGCGGGGCGGAGGGGGGAGGGGAGCGUCCACGCCGGGUAGACGUGCGCCCCAAGGGGAACCGGGGGGAGGGCCGGGGAGAGGGGCAGCUGCUUUUCUGGCAGGGGCAUGGGUGCCAGGUACCACGCGGAAAGCCGGGCCGAGCAUGCUGAGAGCCUGGGGGACCCGACGCCGCCGGGAUUUACCUCUCUCUCUCCCUCUGUGUAUAUAUAAACGAGUCCCUCUCUACUUGUAUUUAACCGUGGGUGCACGUGAGUGUGUCUGUGCGGUGUGCGUGUGUUCCGCUUGUGUGUGUGUGUGCGUGGGGCCGCCCUGUGAGGGCGCGGCGACUGUGCGCCCAGGAGGCAGCCGGGGGCGUUGUGUGUGUGUCGUGACUUCGUACCUCUCAAGCCCCUCCUUGUACUUCACUGAAGGAUGGCACUUUGGUGGGGUUGGAAACAAAGUCGACAUUAAAGGUCAUUUCUCCUGUU